AUGCUAACAGACAAUGUUGGGGCAUUUGGAUUGCUUGAAAUGAAGUUGGUGGUGACCUCUUGGUUUCUUCAUGAUGACUUUGCUAGGCGGGUAAAGGAUGCUUGGGAACCAGGUGCUGGUUGGGAUGAAAAUGUUAAAAACUUCAACGAGCAAGUUAAAACGUGGAGUCAUAACGUGUUCGAUCAUCUUGGCAAACAGAAAAAUAGAAUUUUAAGCAAAUCAGACGGCAUAGAAAAAAACUAUGGACCCUUAGGUUACACUUUGUCAAUUGAAAAGCUUCAAAGGAACCUGUGGCUGGAAUUGGAAGACAUCCUCAUUAAGGAAGACAUUUUGUGGGCCCUGAAAGCUAAGAGCAACUGGUUCUCGCUUAGGGAUAAAAAUACAAAGUACUUCCAUGCUCAGGCAAACGGGAGAAGACGCCGAAAUAGAAUCAAAGCUCUAAAAAAUCAAUUAGGGAACUGGGUUGAUGACACAGAUCAGAUCAAAAGCUUGGCUACGGAAUUUUUCUCUGAUCUCUUCAAGAACAACUCUCAGAAAGCUGAAACUCAUCUUAGUCACUGUCAGUUUGCUCCUCUGGAUAGCACGUGCUUACAGGAUCCUCAGAGAGACAUCUCUAAUGAAGAAAUUAAAGGAGCUAUAUUCAGCAUGGGUCCUCUUAAAUCCCCACAACCCGAUGGGUUGAACCCUCUCUUCUUUCAAAAUCAAUGGGAUACUAUCAGGCAAUCAGUGAUCAACACAGUCAGAACAGCGUUUCAAGACCCAAGUUCCAUUAGACAACUCAACCAUACCUUUAUUAUCCUAAUUCUGAAAAGGGAGUAUCCUAAAACCAUUUGUGAUUUCUGA